CUAUCACGAGACAAGGCAACACACAAGCAAGCACACAAUCGCCAGCUCCGCGGCCCGCCUGUUUCGUGAUAAUUGCUCGACCUGCCACUACUUCUAUUUAAAGACCAAAAUAACGGCACAACAACUGACCGAAUCACGCCGGCCGCCGAAUCCGACAAUGACUGCCCCUCGUUUACUCCAAAACUCGUCACUGAGCAUAAACCGUCCUACCAUUUUCCUUAUUCAUCGCACCGCCAUAUCCUCUAUCUCUCGUCGUAGGACCUUCUCGCAAUGCCAUUAUCGCCCCCAACAACAUUCCGAACGAGAACUACAAGAGCGCCUACAAGCUGCGCGACCCCUCGUCCCACACCGCGCGGCGCGCAAGUUCACACAGGCGGGCAGUAGUCGUAAUUCGCGUCUCACCGUGAUAGCAACUGUUCUCGCCGCCAUUGGCUUCUACUUCUACAACUCCCAAACCGUGCCGGUCACGGGCCGUCGAAGAUUCAAUUUCCUCUCUGAUUCUAUGGUCGCACGCGCGCAUUCGAAAGCAGCUGCACAGGUUAUUGAGCAGGUCAGAGCGCAAGGUGGUCAUUUUCUAUCAGAAUGGGAUCCAAGGACUAUCUUGGUCAGGAGGGUAAUGAAAAGAUUAAUCCCCGUGAGCGGCAUGACGGACCUCAAUUGGGAGAUAUUCGUGAUAGCUGAUAAUAGAACAGCAAACGCCUUUGUCCUUCCUGGUGGUAAAGUGUUUGUGCAUAGUGGUAUUAUCAACGUCUGCCGCAGUGAAGAUGCCCUCGCAGCAGUACUAGGACACGAGAUUGCGCAUAAUACAGCCUCUCAUGCAGCAGAGCGCCUCUCUGCUGCAUGGGUAGGAAAUCUUACAGCCGGAAGUUUGUUCUUCCUCGCUGGAGCUCUACCUGGUCUUGCGCUCUUUGGACUCUGGAAUGUCGUGGGAGGAUAUUACCUACAAGAUCUGCUCUUCUACCUUCCCAUGGGUCGAAAGCAGGAAAGCGAGGCAGACUACAUCGGCCUAAUGAUGAUGGCCGAAGCAUGCUAUGACCCCCGCGCAGCUCUGGGCUUCUGGCAGCGAAUGCACGCGCUUCAGCAUGCCAGUGGAGAAGAAGCCCCAGAGAUGCUGAGCACUCAUCCAUCCAACGAGAAUCGGAUUGUAAAGAUUAGUGAAUGGCUGCCAAAGGCUCUUGAGAAGCGAGCGGAGAGUGAUUGCCGUGGAACAGCAGCGUUUGCGGACCGAUUCCGUGACGCGAUCCGAAGAAGAUCUACUACAGUUGUCGUAUAAUAAGCUGACCAGCAUUUCUGAGCCAAUGAGUAAAGGGUAUAUAGAGCGUCAAGAUCACAUCAGAGUACAGAGAAGACGGCGUACUGCAAAGGACUUUGAGUUUUGGUUUAGAAAGCAUUUCCUCAGUUUCUGCACAUAAUCUGGAAAUAUACAUCAACAAUCUAUUACAGUAGAUAGCUCAUUCCUUGAAACUCGGACUCCAGUAGGGUCGGUCAUAUUGGGUACCAGGUUCCGACCAACUGGGGCUUCAAAUCGAGUGCUUC